AUGGAAUCGACAUCAGAUGAUCUUAAAAAACCUGCAAACAUGACGCCCCGCCAGCUCUCCAUACACAUCUUGGCAGUGAAAAUGAUGCUAAUCGAUUUCAAUUGUCUCAUUGAAGAAUAUCGGCAAACUGUGGAUAAUGCAGGCGAGAAUUUACCCAACAUGAAAAUGUGGUGGACUGGUCUCUUAGAUUUGGCAACUGAGUUAGAGAAGGCCCUUGAUCAAAAAAUGGGUCCUUUAAUGAGACUGGUAGAUGCUAAGUUUGAUUUUUCAAACGCUGACAUGGAGGAUAUUGUGGGAGAAAUAUGA